AAUGAAUUAAAGACCAAAAUUCUAAUUAGAAAAUUCUUUCAUCACUCAUCCUCUUCCUCUCUCAUGUUGUAUCCUAAAUAAAUUUGAAACUUAGUAAAGCAUUUCAUAAUUAACAAUUAGAAUCAUUACUGCAGGUUAUGAUUAAACAUGCAAGAUAUUCAAUAUAGAAAGUGGAGCAAAACUUAAUGAAAUGUAAGGACAUAGUAAUGUAAUUCAAUGUAUUGAAAUUGAUUAGAGUAAAGAGUAUUCAAAUUUUAUUAUUAUAGUGAUCUAAUGGCUACAGGUUCAUUUGAUCACACCAUCAAAUUAUGGAGACCUAAAUCAGGAAUUUGUGUUGAAACACUUAAAGGACACGAUGCGGAAAUUAUGUGCCUAUCAUUUGGACACAAUAAUAAAUUGGCUUCUGGAUCAAUGGAUUCAACUUGUAAUAUCUAUGAUAUAGAAAAAUUUUUAAUUUUACAUACAAUCAAAGAUCAUAAGAUUUCUAUAGUUGGUGUCAAAUUUCAUGAUUCUAAUGUUUACACUGCUUCAUUUGAUGGAUAAAUUUCAGUAUGAUACUUUCAAUAAUUAUAGGUAAAUGAUACCAAAACAUUUAAGCAAAUUAUUAAAUUACAAGAUGACACUAAAGAAAUAUUCUAAAUGGCUAUAGAUCCUUCUGGAAAGUAUCUUGGAACUAUCAGUGGCAAUAAACAAUGCAAAAUCUGGGAUCUUAAGUAGCUAAAUAAACCAUUACAUAUAUUGACAGGACAUACAUAAGAUUUGACUACAUUUACCUUUGACUAGUUGGGAACCAGAGUUUUGACAGGAUCAUAAGAUUCAACAGUAAUUUUGUAUGAGGCUUCUACUGGUAAGAUGAGUUAAAGGUUUUAUGGUCACACAGAUGAAAUAGUCAAAAUUGUUUAUACUUAAAAACAUGAGGUCAUUACAGCUAGUACUGACAAGACUGCUAGAUUAUAGUAUUACUUUCAAUAUUAUACAAUAGCACAAUAGAUGGUGUUUGCCAAUAGAUUUUAGAGGGAUAAGAGGACGGACUUAUGACUCUUUUAGUAGAUUCAAAAGGAAAGAUGGUAAUCACUGUAGGAAAAGAUUCAACAUGUCAAGUGUGGAGAUUAUGA